UUGUGACAAAUGGACAAACAGGCAUAAAUCUCAAUGGGAAAAGAAAACCAAACCUUUGUAGAUGAAUUUAUCUUCCUGGGCCUUUCACAGGACUUACAGACCCAGAUCCUGCUAUUUAUUUUUUUCCUCACCAUUUACCUGAUGACUGUACUUGGAAACCUGCUCAUCAUCAUCCUCAUCUUCAUGGACUCUCAGCUUCACACCCCCAUGUACUUUUUUCUUAGAAAUCUCUCUUUCGCAGAUCUCUGUUUCUCUACUAGCAUUGUCCCUCAAGUGUUGAUACACUUCCUGGUGAAGAGGAAAACCAUUUCUUUUUUUGGGUGCAUGACACAGAUAAUUGUUUUCCUUCUGGUUGGGUGUACAGAGUGUGCACUGUUGGCAGUGAUGUCCUAUGACCGGUAUAUAGCUGUCUGCAAGCCCCUGCACUAUUCCAUCAUCAUGACUCAACAGGUGUGUCUCCAGUUGACCAUAGGGUCCUGGGCCAGUGGGGCCCUAGUGUCUCUGGUAGAUACCAUCUUUACUUUUCAUCUUCCCUACAAAGGACAGAAUAUAAUCAAUCACUACUUUUGUGAACCUCCUGCCCUCCUGAAGCUGGCUUCAGCAGACACUCACAGCACAGAAAUGGCCAUCUUUGCAAUGGGUGUAGUAAUCCUCCUCGCUCCAGUCUCCCUCAUCCUUGUGUCUUACUGGAAUAUCAUUUCCACUGUAAUCCAGAUGCAGUCUGGAGAAGGAAGAUUCAAGGCUUUUUCAACCUGCGGCUCUCAUCUCAUUGUUGUUGUCCUCUUCUAUGGGUCUGGAAUAUUUACGUACAUGAGGCCAAACUCCAAGACCACAAAGGAGCGAGACAAGAUGAUAUCUGUGUUCUAUACAGCGGUGACGCCAAUGUUGAACCCCAUAAUCUAUAGCCUGAGAAACAAGGAUGUCAAAGGGGCUCUCAGGAAAUUAGCUGGAAGAAAGUUCUUCUCUCAGAGGCAGUGA